AUGGCUUCUGGAGAAAACUUGUUCACGGAUUAUUUGGUGUUGCAUCCAAGUGAAGCGGGUUAUUUGGAUCUCCUUCGGAUCUUCUACUCGUCGGAUCUUGAGAAACGGGAUUUCUUCGACACGCCGGUGGAAGACCGGCUGCGCGGCCUCCGGGGAAGAUGGCUCAUUUUUGUUUCCGUGGUCAUGCAGAAGGUAUUUUUCCGGCUAAAAAAUCCGAUGGCCAAGAUUGGUUCAAACGUGGAGAAUUGGAUGAAUUAUCCCACUUGCAAUGGUGGAUAUGGCCGUCUUUUUUGGAACAUUUUCACAGGAAAUGUGGUGAGGCCGGAUAGUUCGUCGGCGGUAUACACGUCAAUGAUCGGAAGUCUGGACACCCGGGUGGAUUUGGAUAGUAAUAAUAGAGUCAACGACGAACGGUACGGUCCGGCGUUGUCAGUAAUGGCAGCUAAAAUAGCCUACGAGAAUGAAGCCUUCGUGAAAACCGCCGUGAACGAUCACUGGCAGAUGGAAUUCUUGGGGUUCUUCAACUUUUGGAAUGAAUACGAAGAACAACAUUCAACUCAGGUCAUCAUGUUCCAAGACAAGAAAGUUGAUCCGGACCUAAUAAUGGUGGCCUUCAGGGGGACAAGCCCAUUUGAUGCAGAUGACUGGAUCACAGACUUGAACCUAUCAUGGUAUGAGCUGGAAGGUGUGGGCCGACUUCAUGCUGGAUUUCAGAAAGCUUUAGGCCUACACAAAGAUAAAGGUUGGCCCAAGGAAAUUGAAACUGCUUCAGGCACAAAGCAAUUUGCUUACUACACCAUUAGAGAGAAGCUGCGAGAAAUAUUGAGCCAAAACAAGAAUGCUAAAUUCAUGGUCACUGGUCACAGCUUAGGAGGAGCUUUGGCUAUUCUGUUUCCAGCCAUUUUGAGUUUACAUGAAGAGAAAUGGCUGCUGGAUAGAAUGGAAGGAGUAUACACAUUCGGACAGCCCAGAGUUGGUGAUGAGAAAUUUGGAGAAUUUAUGAAGGAAAAACUUAAAAGGUACAACGUGAAAUAUUGUAGAUAUGUUUACGCUAAUGAUGUGGUUCCACGGUUGCCUUACGAUGACAAGACCCUCAUGUUUAAGCACUUUGGCCAUUGUCUCUAUUUCAACAGCCUCUAUCAAGGACAGGUAUUAGAAGAGGAACCAAACAAGAACUACUUUUCAGUGCUAUAUGUUUUACCAAAGGUUUUGAAUUCGGUUUUUGAGUUGACCAGGAGCUUCAUCCUCCCUCUUGCAAGAGGAAAGGAGUACAGAGAAGGUUUGCCUGAGAUUAUGUUUAGGAUGGUUGGGUUAGUAAUCCCUGGACUAUCGAAUCAUGGUCCUCAAGAUUAUGUUAAUCUUACGCGGUUAGGCUACUUUUUACCAGAAUCCACUGAGAUGCAAGGCUCGAAACUAGAUUAA